GUUCCAAGCUCAACACCUACGAUCUGAGCAAAGAUUAACCCAUAGAAAGCGACCCGUCAAUUUCCAAUAUUCACACUCAAUCUAUCGAUCCAAAUGUCCGUGUUCCUAACAUGAUUCGAAAACUUGUCGACAAUUAUUCAUUCGUUUGCUCGCCAAUUGUCCACGCGUUUCUUUAUUAAUAUCCGACGUUAGCAUCUAAUUCGGCUUGAAAUCCGUAUGUUCAAGGCCACGAUCGAUAAAUACCUUCAACCACGAUAUCUCCAACAAAGUUUACGAUGCCCUCAGCGAAGCAUCUGGACCACGAAAUACCUCAGGUAGACGCCUUUGCGGCGCUUCUGAAGGACGCCCUGGUUCAUGCGCAGUCUGUCAAGUUGGUGACAACAAUCGAGCCUCCACUCACCAAGGUCGACUUUGAGAAUGUACUUGCGCAACUUCCUACUAUAUUUCCGUGCGCUUCACCGGAUUAUGUUUCGGAGAACCUCGCAUCCGAGAAGGCUCGUCAGUACGCCGUUGUGGAAACGGCCGCGCGGAAUGUGUUUAGCAGCCUAGUCGCCGGGACAUCGAUUGAUUCCCCCGAAUUCGUUCAAAUUUGGAAUCUCUUUGACUUCCUGUCGGUUCUGUCUGAUAGCGAACAAUGCGACGCCGCCCUUCUUUUCUGGCUCGUGGAAGAGCUACUCGAUAGCCAAACGACCGAAGGAUGUAGGAAGAUAUUCGACUUCCUUGAGUCUCGAAGAGAGCAAAUCACCGCACAACAUUUAAACUCCAAGAAGCUGGUUAUUCUUAGGUCUUGCAACGACCUUCUACGCCGACUGUCGCGCGCCGAAGACACGGCGUUUUGCGGUCGAGUCUUCAUAUUCAUGUUUCAGUGCUUCCCUCUGGGAGAUAGGAGCUCGGUUAACUUGCGCGGAGAAUAUCAUGUCGAGAAUGUUACAUCAUUUGAAGAGACCCCAGUCCAGCCAGACGACUCAACGGAUAAGAUGGUCGUGGAUACGGAAACCGAUACAACAAAAGAUGGAAAAGACGAAAACAAGUCUACGGCUAAAGCGGUCUCAUUCGAUGGCAAGAAUAAGCCAACACCGGAGAAACCCCUCGAUACAGAUUCCCUGUAUCCUAUAUUUUGGUCGCUCCAACAUUAUUUCAGUCAACCCACAGUCCUCUUUGAUUCUACACACUUAGCAAAGUUCAAGGCUGGUUUAGAAGCCACCAUGUCUGCAUUCGAUACAGUCGCGAAACUCCAGAGAAGUACAAAGGGUUCUGAGGAGAGCAAGAUACCCCAAAAGAGAAAGUACAGUGAAGGAGAUGACGAUCUCCGCAGUAGCACGAAUAACCCUAAGUAUCUCACAAGUAGGGAGCUUUUCGAACUAGAGAUGGGCGAUCUAUAUUUCAGGCGUCACAUUCUUAUACAAGCGUUUAUCAUCUUAGAAUUUCUCCUAUCGCUCACUCCCCAAGCCAAAGCAAAACUCGCCAAAAUCAAAGUCCAGAAUAGGUCAGUAAUAUACGGCGACCACAAGCUAGGAGAAGAAGACGCAAAAUGGACAGCGGCCAUGAGGGACAGGAUAGUACUCUACAUGCAAGCUGAUUCUGAUGGAUUCUUUUUCCAUCGUGUGAUCGAGAGCGUAAUCUCCAGAGACAAGAAUUGGGCCCGGUGGAAAGUUGAAAGUUGUCCACCCAUAAAGCGAGAUCCCCUUUCGGCUGCUGAUUUCGCGGAGGGGAAAGCUAGUGCAAAGCGCAUCGCAACUAACAAGAGGCUGCGCCCUACGCCCAUGGGCUCACUCUCUCUGGAUUUCCUAAAGGAAGAGGACAGUGAAACAGCAAUGGAGAAGCUAAAGGAUCCAGAAAGAUGGAGACUUCCGGACCUGGGCGUCUUCAGGGAUAAGAUAAAAUCAGACGAUCUCGACCUCGACUUCGCGAACAGCGAGAAGGAAAAGUCGGAGAUACUCGAGGCUAAAGCUAGCAAGACUUGGAGAGCUCUUAGGAUUGCCCGGAGAUCAAAACUUUCCGUCUUUGACAAGAUUGACGAUUGGCAAAACGUCGAUGUCAUAUUUCAGGAGCAGCCAAGCUCAGAUGACGGUGAAAGAGAAACAACUGAAAACGGACAGAUGCCGGAAGAUAGACGGCCGAUCAUUUUGACAGGACCAAGCAAAGUCGGCAAAUCAACAUUACUCUCAAAACUUUUAGAGGACCACAAGGGCAUAUUCGGAAAAGUCGUCUCGCAUACUACCCGAACUCGUAAGGAUGAAGAAGUCGACGGCCAAGAUUACAAUUUCGUAGAUACCGCGGAAUUUAAUCAUAUAUUAGAGAACGACUACUUUAUGGAGUUCGUCGACCGAGACGGAGUCCAAUACGGAACGAAUCGAAAGCUAGCCGAAGCCGUAGAGGAGUCCGGGAAAAUCCCCGUCAUCCAAUUAGACCGUGAGCGUGCCCAAAUAGCCAAAGACAAUGGCUACUCUGCACGGUUCAUCUUCAUCGCACCACCUAGCAUCGAGGAGCUCGAGACACGGCUGAAGAGUUCUAGCACACCAGAAGAAGACCUGGAAAGCAUACUGAAGAUUGCUCAGGAGGAUAUUGAGCACUCUAAGUCCGAGGGAAUUUAUGAUACCAUCAUUACGAACGACAACUUAGACGAAGCAUACAAAACCCUCGAAGAAUUCAUCUACGGAACCCUAAGAGAGGCGGAGGCAGAGACAGAAGACGUCAACGGCAAUGCCAAUACCAACGGCGCAGCCGCAGCUGACGACGUAGCCAUGGAAGACGCGGUAAAUGGCGAGGAGACACCGUCAUAAGAUGUCGAUAAUUUAUUUCGGGAAAGCCAGCGCAAUGGAGGGCAGCGGUGUAAUAUUUCAAUCUAUACGAGCGGGGCAGAUAAGACUUCAGGAAUAUGCGUUAGGUGAACAUUACACCGUCGGUGUCCACCCUUGAGUCGUUUUGGUCCCUACAAAUUAGGUUGGACAAAAGGGGGGGCCCGGUUCGAAUAGACGUGUUGUUAGUAGUCAUCAAAGAUACCCAUGCAAUCAAUCCUAUCAUAAGGGGUUAAAUUUUUUUGGAUAUAUAAAUGUGAUCUGUAUAUCGGUUAAAGUUAGG